CUGGAAAAAUUGAAAACCAGUUUUACGAAAGUUUGAUAGAAUGGAAAACUCGAUAGCCGGUUUUUCAAAACCUGAGUUUUUACGCUCCAGUAAUUAUCUAUCUGCAUACAUACAUUACAUAUCUCUAAAAAUUAGAUGUGCACAUGAAUUUUCAGAAUCUGGGUUGAGUCGGUUGGACACUUUUUCUAAUCUAACCGAAUCCGAAUAUUUUGAGUGAAAACAUUUGCAUCCGAACUGAAUCCAAAUUUUUCGGUUGAUAAAAUAUUCAACCGAAUAGAAUCUGAAUGUUUUGAUUAAAAGAUAUUAUUCGAACCGAAUCUUUCGGCUGAUGAAAUGUAUAUCCAAAGCGAACCGAAUGAUCUUGAUUCGGUUCGGAAGGAUAACUACUUUUAUUCAAUAGUCGGAUAAGCAACUUUAAAUUGCUACAUUAAAUAUUCUGAAAAAAAUUCAGAUCUGCAACUGCACACCUAUUAUUCUGGUGGAACUCUGGGAAGUGCCAACUUGACGGAUUUUGUCUUCCCAAAUCCAUACGCCCGCUCCGGCGCCCUUGAUCCAUCCAAUCUGGCGAUAUGUGCCCACAAUUUAUACGAUGGAGUGUUGAGUUUAAGGCUACAUUUUACCGUCUACCUGAAGAACCUCGUAAAUAUGUUGGAGCCCAUGGAGGGCUCAAAAUGUGGAACUAGAAUGGAGGUAGAUUCUGCCUGUCGCCUUAAUCAGCAGAACUCAAUGUUGGCCAUGUUGCGUGACGGGAUUGGCUCGGAUGUGACGCUCUUAUCGAAAGAUAACCAACUCAUCAAUGCCCACAAGUGCAUCCUGUCCAACAAAAGUUCCGUCUUUAAGACAAAGUUUUCCACCCAAAUGAUCGAGAAGGAGAUCGAGCUCGUUGAAAUGGUCGACAUGGGGUCAGAAGCGUUGAAUAUUUUUCUAAAAUUUUGCUACACCGGAGAAAUUGAAGAGAAUUGGGGGGAUUUUUAUGAGGACGUUAUCUCCGCGGCGGAUAAGUAUGACGUCCCUCUCCUGUUGAAUCUCUGUGACGAAAAGCUCUUCACGCUGUGCACGAAGGAAAAUUGCUUGGACCUCGUCAAGGUGGCCAAUCAAUAUAAACUUGGCAAGGCGAAGGAACGAAUAAAACAAUUCAUUGUGCGGAAUAUAGAUGAAUUCGUCGACAAAUUGUUGGAGAUUUAGUGACAUGGAUGUGAGCCUCUCAAUGUAGUCCGCUAAGUAAAUAUGAACCACUAAGUUUAUACAUAAGUCAUCAUAAGUGUAGAAUUGAAAUUACAAUUAAAAUUGAUAAAUGUAUCAUGAUAUGAUUUCGAGAAAAAUUGUCCUUUAAAUGAGAAUAUGUAUAUUUACAUACAUAUGUAUGAUGCGAUUUUUUUUCAAUUGUUUUUGCUUGAUGAACUGAAUUCUGUAUUACUCUAAUCUUAUAGGUAUGUAGGUAAAUGUAUACAUAUAUUUGUAUUUAUCAGCAUAUCAAGUUGGUUUUUGCAUUUGCAAAUUCAUCAUAUUGCAAUAAUAAAUUUAAACAUGAAUAAUUUUUUGUUGUUCGGAUCGGAUCGAAUAAACGAUAAUACAAA